UAAAAAAGCCACAGUGUUGUCCCACUCUCUCUCUCUCUAUCCUUCCCCCACACUCCCUCUAUCUUUUAUGUACUCCUCAGAUCUGACCAGAGGAGGAGGAAGAAUCAACCAAAGAAGAUGACUGAUCGAGUCUUCCCAGCUUCAAAGCCACCAACCGCCACUAACGGAGCUCCUCCACCCGGUGGUGCCUUACCACCACCUCCGUCUGUCAACGGCAACGGAACAGCCAACCAGAAACCACAAGUCUACAUUCCGGCUAACCGUCCCGUCUACCGUCCGCAGCCUUACAGCCGCCACCACCACCACCAGUCACGACCAAGCUGCCGGCGAGUCUGCUGCUGCUGCUGUUUCUGGUCCAUCCUCCUCCUUCUGAUCCUCGCUCUCUUGGCCUCAAUCGCCGCCACCGCCGUGUACGUCAUCUACCACCCUCGCCCGCCGCUGUUCUCCGUCCCGUCGCUUCGCAUCGGCCGCGUGAACCUCACCACCUCGCCGGACGCCUCCGUCUCCCACCUCUCUUCCUUCUUCAACUUCACGCUCAUCUCCGUCAACCCCAACCAGCACCUCACCUUCUCCUACGACCGCUUCGCCGUCGCCGUCAAGUCCGUUAAGUCCGGAGAGAUGCUGGCUAACGGAACGGUCCCGGGGUUCUUCAGCGGUGACGGUAACAAGACGUCGUUUCGGGGCGUGAUCGCGACGUCUUCUUCGGCGCGUGAGCUGGAUCCGGAUGAGGCUCGGCGUUUGAAGUCGGAUCUGACGCGUGGGGUGCACGUGGGGUUGGAGAUCGAGAUGGUGACGAAGGUGAAGAUGCGGAUGGGGAAGCUGAAGAGCGAAGGGGUGGAGAUUAAAGUGACGUGUGGAGGGUUCGAAGGGACAGUGCCUAAAGGGAAAGUUCCGACCGUAGCGACUUCGAAACAGACCAAGUGUAAGUCUGAUCUGAGUGUUAAGGUUUGGAAAUGGAGUUUGUAAUGGAAUUUUUAUUUGUCUUUUUGUUUUUUUUUCUAAAUUUGUGAACUUUUGGAAUGAUCCAAAAGAAGAGUUAUUUCUCAGUUUGUUCGUUAAAGUUUGCAGAGGAGAGUCAGAGAGAUGAGAUAAGAUAGUGUUUGUUAGUAGAGAAGGCCCAGAGAAUUCACGGCUUCUAAAAGUUUCUUUGGAUUAUUGUU